AUGGAACAAGAAAUUUCGUUAGACCAAGAAGAAUAUUUUGGUAUUAUGUUAGGAUUACCUGGGUUGUUUUUGGCUGACCCGGAUCUUUCGUUGAGGCAGAACAAGGUCCUGGAUUAUGCUGAUCGGCUCGUGAAGAAACAGAUGAGGGCCGUGUGGCUGUUUCGUGAGGCUGCAGCUAAGCAUGGCGGCAUUUUGUGUGAGGGUGGGCCCGGUGAUGGCUGUGGACACGAGAUUCUUAGACACCAGCUUCUAUUGAGCGGUUUGAAACUACUUACUGAGAUAUUAGCGUGGCAGAAAGAGAACACUUAUUUUACCGAGAUAAACAAUGUACACACAGUUCGAUUUCUCACAUGCCUCACAAAAGGAAAUUAUGUCAAAAGCUCAAGCGUGGUUCCCCCAUCACUGGGAACUCUUUUGCUUUCAAAUUCUCGAAAAUAG